AUGAGCAAACUAUGGGUUGCUUCUUCGGUGGAUGCUUCACAAACGUUCGUCCCGGACCUCGGCAACUGCUUGAGUGCCACGAGUCGACAUCCUAACAAUCGUCGGUGUCCGCUGUGCGAUAAAAUUUUUCCAUUGAAAAGAGACCUCGAGCGCCACAUGGUCAAGCAUACGGGUCUCAAGCCGUAUCCGUGUCCAUACUGUCCCUUCAGGACAACUCGACGGGAGCACGUAUCUAAUCACGUGAAAAAUAAGCAUAUCUCGCUGUACGCCGAAUACAUGGAUUUUGUGCGGGCUCGCAAACAACGAUACCUCGACAUAAACUUCAACAAUGUCGGCGGACCCGGACUCUCGAAUUACAUCUCGUGCAACGGCUACGACCGCUUCAUACACACCGACGGCGAGGGCAACAACCUGUGUCUUAUCUGCCAGUAUUCAGUGAAGCACCGACGGAACAUCUAUCGACACAUAUUGACGCAUACGGGCGAUAAGCCUUUCCGGUGUACCUCCUGUGAAUUCCGAAGUUCUCGAAGCGAUAAACUCAAGCACCACAUCAAGACAAAACAUCAGAACGAGAGUAUCAUCAUACCGGACGUGUCCGUCAUCACUGUCAACAACGAAAAUCUGCCCUGCAGGCCCAACGUCACGCUCCAUCUUCUGCCCAUUGGAGACGUUGAGAAUCCCGCGGCACCCAAGCGAUCUGACAAGAAACGGACCGCAUCAGAAAUACUUCAAGAUAUGCUAAUGUACGGGAGGAUAGCGCAAUCGUCUCCGCUGGAAACUUCACCACCCAACUCUUCCUUGUACAAGAAGUUCUUUUCUUGCCAUGUUUGCGGAUACAACACCCACAUCAAGAGAGCUCACGAGCGACACAUAUUGACGCACACGGGCGAGAAACCCCACAAGUGUGAUUACUGCGACUUCCGCUCAAACCGCAAGGACAACCUACUGACCCACGUCAGGAAGAAGCAUCAAAACUCUGCAAUGGCCCUCCAGCUUCUUCUGCAAGCGCAGGAGAACAGCAAUAGCAGCAUCAUCAAUAAUAACAGUGCAUUGAGUUUAAGCGGCAGCGGCAACAUCAACAACAACGACAGCUCCACCAUCAACCUGAACAAUGGAAACAACAACAGCAGUAGCAGCAACAGCAGUGGUGGCGGUCACAAGCACAGCACCCGGCACAGGAAUUUCUUCGAUCUCGAGAACUGCAACGAGUUUGGGAAAUAUAAGUGUCCGUACGAUCAUUGCGCCUACAUCACCAAUCGACGAUUCCCGCUAUCGCGGCAUCUGCUCACGCACACGGGCGAGAAGCCGUUUCGGUGUUUACACUGUCACUACUCGUGUUCUAGGAAGGACGCUCUGAGCUCUCACAUGGCUCGAAGACAUCCGUUCACCCUCGACGGUUCCAGGGAUCAGGAGGACUUUUCUCGGAUUUUAUCGUGA